GGCGGAAGGGCUUCCGGGUCGGGUCAGGCGGUGUUUGUGGUGGCUGGUCGCGCUCGGUCGUUGGGGCCUCUUCCGUCGCCGCCGCCGCCUCCCCGCCGCCGCCGCCGCCGCCAUGUCGGGCUCCAGCAGCGCCCUCAUGAAGCAGCCCCCGAUCCAGUCGACGGCCGGGGCCGUCCCCGUCCGCAACGAGAAGGGGGAGAUCUCCAUGGAGAAGGUGAAGGUGAAGCGCUACGUGUCCGGCAAGCGGCCCGACUACGCGCCCAUGGAGUCCUCCGACGAGGAGGACGAGGAGUUCCAGUUCAUCAAGAAGGCGAAGGAGCAGGAGCUGGAGCCCGAGGAGAAGGACGAGGACCUGGCCAGCGACCCCCGCCUGCGCCGCCUGCAGAACCGCACCAGCGAGGACGUGGAGGAGAGGCUGGCGAGGCACCGGAAGAUCGUGGAGCCAGAAGUAGUGGGGGAGAGUGACUCAGAAGUGGAAGGCGAGGCAUGGCGCAUGGAACGAGAGGACACCAGCGAAGAAGAAGAGGAAGAAAUUGAUGAUGAGGAAAUUGAGCGCCGCCGUAGCAUGAUGCGCCAGCGUGCACAGGAGCGGAAAAAUGAGGAGAUGGAAGUGAUGGAGUUGGAGGACGAAGGCCGCUCUGGGGAGGAGUCAGAGUCUGAGUCGGAAUAUGAGGAAUACACGGACAGCGAGGACGAGACUGAGCCCCGCCUUAAGCCAGUCUUUAUCCGCAAGAAGGACCGAGUUACAGUCCAGGAGCGAGAGGCAGAAGCACUGAAGCAGAAAGAAUUGGAGCAGGAGGCCAAGCGGAUGGCUGAGGAGAGGCGCAAAUACACGCUUAAGAUUGUAGAAGAAGAAGCCAAGAAAGAAUUGGAGGAAAACAGGCGCUCCCUGGCUGCCCUCGAUGCUCUGGACACCGACGAUGAAAAUGAUGAAGAAGAAUAUGAGUCAUGGAAAGUGCGGGAGUUGAAGCGCAUCAAGCGAGACCGUGAGGAGCGGGAAGCGUUAGAGAAGGAAAAGGCCGAGAUUGAGCGGGUACGGAACCUGACUGAGGAGGAACGUCGAGCAGAGCUCCGCGCAAACGGCAAAGUCAUCACCAACAAGGCAGUCAAGGGCAAAUACAAAUUCCUGCAGAAGUACUACCACCGCGGGGCCUUCUUCAUGGAUGAAGACGAAGACGUGUACAAGAGAGACUUCAGUGCCCCAACUUUGGAGGAUCAUUUCAACAAGACCAUCUUGCCAAAAGUCAUGCAAGUUAAGAACUUUGGCCGUUCUGGGCGAACAAAGUACACGCACUUGGUGGACCAAGAUACAACCUCCUUUGACUCUGCCUGGGGCCAGGAGAGCGCACAAAAUACCAAGUUCUUCAAGCAGAAGGCGGCAGGGGUGCGAGAUGUCUUUGAGAGACCUUCUGCCAAGAAACGGAAGGUUAACUGAAGGGUGAAGAUCCGAGUAUGACAUGUUGCCAUGUUGGGCAAGAACUCUUCCCCUCCUUUACUUGGAGGCCAAAUCUCCUUGGCUCCCUCCCUUGUAGUGGAACCACCAGUCAGCACCAGCUCAGUAGGCUCUUGGACCCCCUGCAGAAGAACUGGCGACAGGGCACGUCCUGUUCUUUGUGUGGUGUGUGGGCGCACUUUCUGGGCAGACUGUACAUUAUCUUCUGUUCUUUAUGUCGGGGUAAUGGGGAAAAAGCAGGAUGAAACCAUAUUAAAGUGUUUUUUUUCCUUUUA